ACUUCAUUCUACUGAUAGCAAACUAAGACCUUGAAAAAAAAAUUGUUUUGAAAACUCCGAUCGACUAGUGAGUUUUGACAGGAUUAUUCGGAGGGAAUUUAUAUUACCUAUUCUACGACUCAGCAGUUUUACGCUACCUCUCAGCAGACACUGAAGUUUACAAAACAGUAGUUUUCUUCAGAAUUUUUUUUGUCAACAGAGGACCACUUCAAAAAAGACUGGACAUUAUUAAGCUAUUUUGUUGCGAAGUUUAUCAUUCCACAGGAUGAUAAACUCAUUCCUGGAGACCAGCUCCCACCUGGGUGCCGGGACCUUGAAACUGAGCCCCCCAAAUCAUAUGAACGAUGUAGGGUACCUUCAAGGCCAAUCUCAUCAAUUCAGUGCCCCCUCCAGUGGAUACGGAGUGCCUCAUUCACAUCAUGUCAACAGUUACACAGCCAGGGACUUGUUUCUUCGCCGUCCGGAUCAUCUCACCAUUCCUGGACACGAUUCAAAUGGAAACGGACACUCCGGAAUGUUCGGUACAUCCUCGGGAUCCUUCCACUCUCAUCCCUCGGAAAGCCACAUGCUGCUGUCCGGACUUCAGGAUUCGUCUCCUUUUUCCUCCGGACACCACAUGUCCAAUAGACUCGGAUUACCCUCUGAUGUUUACACUCGUGUGGAGCAGUAUAACCCCAUGGUACCUCAAAGAUCUGAACAUUACCCUCAACCUCAGGGGUUUAAUGUGCCCUCCCUGGGAGGACUAAACUCUAUGAACAUUGGGUCUCAUGGACCCGGAGCCUUCCUCCGAUACAUGAGACAUCCAAUUAAGCAGGAACACACGUGCCUGUGGAUAGAGAAAGACCAACAUGAACCCAAAAAACCUUGCAAUAAAGUGUUCACGACCAUGCAUGAAAUUGUCAACCACAUCACUGUUGACCAUGUUGGGGGACCAGAGAUGGCAGACCAUACUUGUCUUUGGCAGGAAUGCUCCAGGAACGGGCGACCAUUCAAAGCCAAGUAUAAGUUAGUUAACCAUAUCCGAGUCCACACAGGAGAAAAACCCUUCCCAUGUCCUUUUCCCGGCUGUGGUAAAGUUUUCGCAAGAAGCGAAAAUCUCAAAAUUCACAAAAGAACUCAUACAGGAGAGAAACCAUUCCAGUGUGAAUUUCCCGGAUGUGACCGCCGAUUUGCCAACAGUUCCGACCGUAAGAAACACAGUCAUGUCCACACCAGUGACAAGCCAUACCUUUGCAAGUUCCGGGGCUGCGACAAGAGCUACACACACCCUAGUUCACUCAGAAAACACAUGAAAGCCCAUGGCAGCAUGUCCCCACUUCCAGAUGAGUAUGAAUCCGACGAACACAGCAUCGGAACAGAAAGCAUCCCGAGCCCGACCAUAGAGAAGUCCCGCCAUCUAAUUACGCCACCUAGUGUCAGCUCCGAUCAGUCAUCCUUGCCAGAAGUCAUUCCUGAUUCCCGGUCUUGUUUCAGCGAGCUUAAUCUUGUCCAGAAACAUUCACCAAAUGCUAGUCCCACUUUGCCAGUCCACCCUUCAGCAGCUCUGCCAACAUCACAGCCAACAAACCUGAACGAGUGGAUCGUCUGUCAGAAUAAUGGACUACAAACUAGUGAGCAUAUGUCACUAAACUCAUUUGGUACUCAUUUGAAUUCCAUGCAUCAUCAAACUUUGAUGCAGUUUUCAUAGAUAUUGUUUAAUGUUAUCAAGGACAUUGUGCGGGUAUGUGCUGUACAAGACUAGUUCUCUAAAAUAUGUGCAUAAUAUUAUUAUAUUGUUGAGUUUGUUCAGUCAUUUUGUAUAAUUAACUGAGUUAAUGUUAAUAUAUCAAUA